AUGUGGCGGCGCGAAGAGCGAAGCCCGUGGCUCUUCUGGGGCCUCGGGGCUGUCAUGGUGUUGGGCUUGAGCUGGGUUUUCUUCCCGGAAAAGCACCUUGAAAAGAGCACAGCGCAACCCAUGUACACGCAGCUGUCCCCAGAGGAAUGGACACAGCUCGAAACCCUUUUGGAUCAACACAGCGCAUCGUUGAAGGGCGUCACACCAUCUGCCCCCGACAACGACCCAGCUCCAUUCUGGGCUCGACAGCUGCAGGAUGAACAACGAGAGGGUUGGCGUGCACUUUCUUCUGAUGUCAUGGCUCGCUUUGACCAUUUGACUGCUAGGGUGGAGAAACUAGAAGCUGCGCUUGUACAGGCGCGCGCCGAUCCGAUCAAAGUACCAAGCCAAGCGCUCUCGCCUGCUGACCAACAGCGUCAGCUGCUUCAAUCUCUCUUGGCCUACAACCCAACUCUUGAAAGCGCUGCUGCUGAAGGAUGCACAAACUCAACGGUACUGGCGCAGUAUGCCAGCCGGACUCGACAGCUCAACGUGGUGAUGCGCAAUGCCCUGGAUGUCUUAUUGGGGUCUGAGCUCGAGUCCACCGUCUUCCGACGCCACACCCCUCCGAAUGCAGCCCCAAAGCUGCUCGUGGUGUCAGCCUGUACAAAGGAUUUGGUGCCGCUGUACUGUGACCUAUCGGCCGAGGCCAUGGAUGAGUACGCCGCCAGCUACGGCUUUGACUACAUCCAGGUACAACGAAAAGCGGGUGAAGGGAAUACCAUGGCCUGCCCAUCGUUCAAUCAAAACACCAAACUGGGCCGCACCACUCAUCCACCCACUUUUGCUCAGAUACGAGCCGAUCUGGACCCGGAACGUCUCAAUCCCUGGAUUAAAAUACUUGUGCUGCGCUUGCUCUUGGAGCGCAACCCUUUGGUUUUGUGGAUCGAUGCUGAUGUAAUUGUGCGUGAUCAAGACUGGAACUUGCCGGCCUUUCUGGAUGAGCACAUGCCCCCUGACGUGGCCGUGCUGGGAGCUGACGAUAUGGUAAGCACUUUUCUACAGCCGAAUCGCGACUCCAAGCGAGACGAUUUGAACUCCCGCGAUUUACCCCUGCUGAGAGCAUGCUGUUACAACUGGUCUUUCGAUGUCGGCAUUGCACCUCAUUUUUGCGGCACCACAUUCCUGGCCUGGGCGAUCGAUGCAGCUGGACUUUCAAAACACUUUCUUCUUGGCCUUGCGAUCUACCACGCGCAAUUUAGCCUUUUUGGAGCGCCUCUACAUCACUGGUCCGCGUUUGCUUUGGCUCUUGCCCGAUUCUUGAGCUCAAGCACCCUAGCCAUUGACCCAGACGACUGUAUCAAUACCCAUGGCGAACCCCGAUAG